GUAAAGGUAUGUAGAGCUAAACUAUCUAAACCCAGCCUACCCGGAGACCUAGCAGUUAGUAAAGGGAAGGAACUGAAGAUGUGUCCUGUUUGUCAGUUUGGCGUAGAAGGGGAUAGAGCUCUGAAGUCCCAUCAGAAACUUCAUGUUACAGGAUUUGCAUUUGAAUGUAUGUUCUGUUUGAUGGGAUUUAUGGAGGAAUCUCGUCUUCAAAAACACAGAAAUAUUCACAACAACAACUGGGAGUGCUUGACUUGCUCGGACGAAUUUGACAGUUAUACAAGAUUUGUAAAACAUCUGGAGGAUUCUGGACACAAUGAAAGAUACAGUCAAUCCAUUAACAGGUAUGAUUUGGUAUCUAAAACCAGGGAGAUUGUUAACUUAUCUCAAGUUUCCGUGAAUACGCUGGUCAACCCACAGGAGAAACAUAGCCGGGUCAACAUCAAAAGGGUCAAGGUGAAUGUAUCGAAGCUACCUGGGUGUGGUGUGUGUGACCGUUGUCGGAAGGUUCCUUGUCAGCUUUGCUUGUCGUGUCAGCGGGGACGCACGUGUCGCUUCAAGAAAUGUCACAUGUUUGCCAACUUGGACGAACAGGAUCGAGGCAAUGCAGGCGCAAAGUUUGGAAGUAAGGGUCGGAAGAAGGCUGCAAAGGGUCAGCAGAAGAAAUCUAAAACCAACCUGGCCACGAGCAGGAGCAGGAGCAGUAGUAGGAACAGGAGUUUAACCAACACCACUAGGCGGAGGAGUAGCAGAGGAAACAGGAGGAAAGAUGUUGAAGAAGAAGUGAGUGGAGGUGAGGAAAGUGGACAGGAUGAAGAUGAAGUAGGAGAAAGGGGAGAGGGUCAACUUUAUACCUGUAAUCAGUGCAACCUCUCCUUCAGCUCACUUGCCGCAUGUUCAACUCAUUUGUCAAAUCAUAAAAAUCAAAGACAAUCUGAAGAUUCCAGAAAAAAUUCACCGGCACCAUGUUUGAGGCGGCGAUUGCCCCGCCGUUCAAGCCAACCCAGUUCGCCCGCCUUCACCCCUUCAUCUUGCAACACCACUAAUAAGGCUGUCAAAAGAACUGAGUUUACCUACUCCUGUUCCCGCUGCUCCUACUCAACCCAAGUCAAAAGUAACCUUUUCAUUGCUAGACCCCAGGAUAUUCCAGUCCUUAAAGAUAACCCCGUCACCAAGGAAAGACGAGUCAGUGAAGAUAUCCCUGUCAGUGGGGACUUGAAGGGAUCUAGGGAAAAUCAAGUGUUAAACACUGGCCAAUCUGUACACUUAUGCUUGGAGGGGUUAUUGAAUCCUCUUGUUAUGUGUACUAGGUGUGAAGUCUUACUUGCUAAUGAAGCACAGCUAAGUGAACACAUCACUGAACAUCAUGCUUCAAGCACUCGCAAACUUUUUGAGUUUGAGCUGCGAGACCCUUGUGGUUACUGCAAGCCAUGUACUAAUCUAGAGAGUGUACAAAGUGAAGAACCCUGUAUUCUGUUCCCUAUUCAUAUGAUGGGAUUCAAGUUCAGACAACAGCCAGCUUCAGAUCAAUCUUGUCUUAUUUGUCAGGAGGUUCUGAAAGGAGGUCAGCUUGUUGAACAUCUGCAGCUUCACUCUGGGAUCCAUCCUGCUGCCUGUAAACAUUGUUUCAAGGAGUUUACAACUUUUAAACUUCUUAGAGCUCAUUCUCAAGGCUGCAGGUUUCGUAAGAGCAGUAAGUACAAGUGUAUGCUAUGCAGUACAGUUGAGAGUAGUCAAAUUGAUGUCCUGCACCAUUACCACAGCCAGCAUAGCAGUAGGCUGAAUGUUACCCUGAGACCAUUAGUUGAUGCUCUGUUCACAAGGCGAGAAAAACCAGAGGAGUCUUCGUCACAGGAAGAAGAGAUUUCUUGUGAUGAAAAAUCCUCAAGCCUACAGAAACCAGUCUUCACCCCUUUCAUUCAGUCGGAUGAUCUCAAAAAGUCAGAUUUGCAGAAAAUUCUAGAAUUUAUUUCUCAAAAUUCAAAGGAUGUAUUGGGAGUCUCUAUGGAUCUAAUUCAAGCAUAUUUUAAUUCUGGUCUAGAAUCUUCUUGGUUUAAGUACUCGUUACAGGCUAAUUUGAAGGACUAUGUAAAGAACGGUUACCUCAAUGUUAAGAACAUAGGAGAAGAAGAGGUCUAUACCAUAACAAGGGCAGGCAAGGAAAAACAAGGACUGGAGGACAAAGAAAGAUGCAAGAGAAAAGGAACUUCAAAUAACUCCCGAAGAAGAAGCAAACGGUUAAAAGAUGAAUCAUCUCCUAAACUUGUUUCCCAGAUAGAGCCUGCUUCUGCACAAGAUGUUGUAAAGAUUGUUGAAGAAGAAACUCUGCCAUGCAUCGCAGAUUUUGACAAUUCAGACUCAGAACCGGAUAUUGAAGAGUGGAAAAACAAUCUGGAUAGUUUUUUAAAUGAUGAUCCAUAUAGUCCAGAAAGGAAAGAUGUUGCAGCAAGUGCUGAUCAGGGGUCCUUUAAAGAUGCACUGCCCAGGGCUGAAUCAAAACUUGAAGAUUUUUCAGAUUUUGAUGUUAUUUCAGCUGAUGUAGAGCUUACAGAUAUUGAACCAACUUUGAACUCCAACACUCCUCCCCUGAUACCAAGUACUUUAACUCUUCUCUCUGAGGAGCCCAAUCUUAUUCAUAGCAUACCUUCCAAUUCUAUAAGUCUUCCAAUAAAUCCUGUAAUCUCAACAGCAAAAACUGAUUUUUCUAAAUAUGAAGAGCCAUCUGUAAAUACUGUCAUCACUCAACCUCAGUUAAGAACACUUGAUUGCACUUCUUCCUCCAACCAAACUACCAUGUGUUCCAGUUCCACAGAUUCUCCAGAAAUGACCAGCACUUCCAAUAUAAACAUUACCCUAGAUCCAUCUCAAACCAUGAAACCUCUAACUAAAACUUAUUGCAUGAAAGAUACUGAUGCAACCAGCCCUUCAAUAAUACCAAGUAAUCCCUCGACCAAACCUACUCAUUCAAGUUCUGAAUUAACAGCAUCUGCCAGGGAACAGAAAGGAACAGCACAAACAGUUUUGAGUGUUAAUUUGCCUUCUUGUACAAAACAAAAUCCUGUUGUACAAUCCAAAAUUCCCUCUAGUCAACUAAAAAACAGCACAUUGAGUUCCAUGUCAUCUCCUUCAAUCGCAACUUCUACAGCCAUCUCAAAAACCCAUGGCCCAACCUUGCAUGAACCCAGUACCCAACAGUCAUUAAGCACACCACAGCUCUGUAAUUCUGUGAUAAAUGUCUCUUCUGCGCCUAAAUUAACAGUACCAACUUCUGACAGCAGCUCUAAAGUCAGUGUUCAAAACAGCAGUAAUGUUGAAACUGGCUUUAAUUUAAUUGGUUCCGAGGAAGUUCCUGUCCCUGAACUCAAGUCUAAUUGUCAAGACGUUAUAGGACCUGACCCACAUGCAACAGAAGACAAGGAUGUAAAUAGUUCAAACAUUGAUACUUCUGUUGUUAAAGCCCUCUCAAUUGAAUAUCAGACUAUCCUGAAGAACAAAGGCCUUUCCUUGAAGAAAAUUGUUGAAAAUAAAAACAUAAAACUCCAUAAGCAAGAGAGUUCUGAGCCAGAGAAAAGAGAUAAAGAAUCUAUUUUAAAAAUUCAAGGCUCAGAAGAUUCUGUUUCCAGAGCCAGUCCAAUUCUUGUUAAUGAGAAAACAAAACUAAAGCAGAACAAAGUUCCAAUCUACAGGAGGGAGCCAAGCUUUAAACCUUCCAAACCUGCUGACCCAAUCAAGCCUCCAUCAAGACCACCCUCUCGAGCUACCUUUCAUCGACCCCAGUCAGCCCCUCCACCACCAGUCAGCUCAGAGAGAAAGGUUUGCCAAAGGAAAAAGUUCGGAUUGGUGAAUACAAAGUUUUAUGGGAAGCAUAUAACAACUAAGAACUCCCUGGUAGAGAGUAAUGAUGCAUACAGUACUCUGGACUUCUCUUCAGCAGAUGAGGGAAUGGAAACUAGACCAGAAUCUGAAGCUAAACCUGAUCCAAAUCUUACAAAAGUUAAUACAAAAUCUCUUGGAACUGGAAUCAAACAUGUCAUUGUUCCAGGAGCUGUAGAUAUUGCUCACAGAAAAACUCAUAAAGAGAUAGUUGUGGCAAAAGUUAUCCCUGCUAAGAGUUGUAUGAAGGAGAAUUCAUCUGGUUCUGCAGUGUCCCUUGAUGAAUACCAAAUCAAAGGUCUUAAAACUAUCAUUUCUAAAGCUAAACUACCAGGUGAAGAUUUACCCCUUGUAACAAAACAAAUCAGAUGCAAUAGUAAAAACCAGGAUAAUGAAUUAGAUAUUCCCUCAUCUUCUCAACAUCCAUUGACAGAGGAAGAGUCUGUAUCAAACAUUGUUCCCAACUCAAUUAAACCUACUAGUUCAGAUCAAGGGAAAGAGAACCUAGAGUCGGUACCCAAGCAGUCUAAGAAUGUAACAUCAUGCAAUCAUGUUACAGAGAAGGUUUCUUUUAGUAGCCAGAAUACAUCUGAACAUUUCUCUCUAGACAGCCAAUAUGGAUCCACCAAGGUAACAGAAACAUGUUUAAAGGGAUCUGGAAACCCUCUUCUAACAUCUGGGCAUAUUCCAGAAAAGGUUUUGGUGACAGCACAACAUUUGCUAGAUACUGCUUACAUUGCUAGCCAACAUGUAAAGGAAAUCCAAAAACCUAAAAGGCCAUAUCAUGCUACUAGAAGAAAACGUUCUCAACAUUUAGGAAUGGACAAUCUUAAACUUAUCUACACUGGUACUAUUGUCAAACCUGACAAUGCAGAUAAAGACGAUAUAGACAAGACAAGACAAGAUAGGUUUAAAGCUCACAAAUAUGCGGAUAUUGCUGUGAAAACAUGUGAUAAAGCUGGUCUAAUUAUUGUGAACCAUGGCAAAGAGGGCCAUAGAGCUGGUGUGGAAGCUGAAAAGGCUGCUAAAUAUGCUGAAAAAGGUAAAAAUGAAACUGAAAACUUUAUCGAUCAUAAGAACGCUAGGAUGGGUAACAUUGAAAACGCCUCUGAGAAAGCUGAAUUGAAGGUAGAAAAAAUAACCCAUGAGGGCAAUUUAUCAUCAAAUCAUUUGAAAUCUAUGAAAACUUCCACAUCACCUUCUGUUCCUGAAUCUAUUGUGUCCAAAGGAAAGACCAUUGAAAAAGCCUCUAAUGAGCAAACAGCAAGAUUAGAAUCACAAAAGGAGGAUUCAGUGGAUACAGUUCUUGAAAAAGAUACUACUGAAAAUUCUAAAGAAUUAAAUUUUGAAAGUAAAUCUGACAAAACAAAAACAUUAAAGAUUAUCACCAAUGGUAAAGAAAAGGAUAUAGAUUAUGAAGAAAUGUGCAUAAACGCGGUUAAACAGCUAGCUGUGUCAACAGGGGCCAGUGUAAAAGAUGUUCAUCAGCUCUUGACAAAGAGUGGAAUUCGUUUACAGAAACCAAUUGUCUCAUUGUGCCUCAGCUCUGCAGCAGUGUCUGGUAAACUGGAACAGGUUGAGGCAGGUGGUUCUAGCUAUUACAAGGUAGGAUCUGACACCGGUCAGCCUUCUGUUUCACUUGGUGAAUCAGGGUCAGGAGCAGGGAGACGGAAUAAAUCUCCACGGAGAUCUGAACCUCAAACAUCAGCAUCAAACUCAAAACUAAAUCCCGAAAGCAGGAAAAGUUCUAGUUCUUUUUCAAGCCUCCUGCCAGCACCACAAUCAGAUUAUAGUUCUAUCAAGGAGACAUCACUGGUCAAAGGGAACAAACUCAAUGUUAGAACGCAUGAACCGAUUACUAGCCCAUCAGAUGAAGAAACUGCCAGUAAUAAAAAAGAUGAAAAAAAGAAUGACAAAGUUGAAAUCCAUAAACAUGACAGUAUAUCAGAUGAUAUCAGCAGCAAUGAUGGGAGGGAUUCAAAUGAUGCCCUAGAUGAAGAAGAAGAAGAUCCCAACGUACAUGCCCAUCUACUUAAAAAGGCUGAGAAAAGGAAUAAGAAAGAGAAUCAAUUGGAGAUAAAGGAAAGAGCAGAGACAAAGGACACUUCAGAGGCUUUUCCAACCAACCCAACUUGUCCUGUUUGCUUUAGAUUUCUGCUGAACGGGGCGAGAAUGAAAAAGCAUAUUCAAGAGAACCAUCCGAACUUCAACGUACAUGAGCCUAUCAAGGUUACUGGAGUCAAACCUAGACCUUCUCCUGGAUAUCCAGAGAACGGAUUAAUCUCCGAGAACCCGACCCAAUCCAGUCCUUCAAUGUGUCUAUCAAUAUCUCCAUCGGGAUCUACCAGCUCUAUUGAGUCUAGUCAAACAGGAAUUAAACUAAGGAUCAGCUUUAAGAGUCCAUCUUGUGAGAGGAAGAUGGAAGUGAAAGAAGAAAAGGAGAAAGGAGAUAUUGAGGAAAAUUAUGAAGAUGAGGAAAAUAGGAGGAAAAAGAAGGAGGAGAUUGAGGAGAAAAGGAGAAAAGAGAGGAAAAGAAAACGACCUCGAGACAAUAUAAUCGGCAGAGUGGAUAUGCACAAUAUUAAAAGGAUGAAGAUAACAAUCGGAGAUGAGUUGAUGGGUGAGAGAAGGAUGGUUCAUCACCCAGCACAAAACCAGUUGUGGGCCAUGAUAAGCUGGGAGCUGCCGACCAUAGCAGUGUUGAUCAGGAUGCACGGUUAA